UGAGACCGAGUGGUUUGGAGCGGUGGCGGCGGAGCUUUAGCCGCAUCGGAUGGAUUCGCUUGUUCAAAGUCCCGUUGCGGCAGGGGGGCCGAGGCGACAGCCUUACCGCGGGUCCCAGGAGGAGGACGAUGUCCCCGUCCUCACACUUACUCACUUUGCCCGGACUCCAUUCGUCUGCUUCAAGACGGUGAGGACAGGUUAUGCCAAGACCGAGCGGUUGGCCGUGGAAAAUCCUGAGAGUGUACCAGUCCUGGUGACGGUGGACAAGUUCCCUAGCUCCAAGGGCUUUGCAGUGAAUGAACGGGAGUUUGUGAUCGAGCCAGCAGGGAGGUAUUAUCUUUUCAUAACUUGGGCGCCAGUGGAAGCUGGAAGAGUCCGAGAAACAGUGACGUUUAGUGUUGGUUGUGUGAAGGUCCUCUGCAUUCUUUUGGGCAAAGCAGAAGACCCACCCAAAAAAAAGCGAAGCCUUUGGGAAUCAAUUAAAGGCAAGAAGGUUUUGGAAAAUACUGUUCGGUCGAAACAAAAAAGGAAUGCAUCAAUUGGCAGCAAGACGAUCAUCAUACCACAGAAGAAGGAGUUUAUGAAAAUGGGUCGAAGUCGACCUUUAAGUCCUCUUCAGCCAUGUGAAAAUCUCAGACCAGUUGGCAAAAGAGUUCCUCCCCUUCAUCCCGUGGAUGCUUUGGACUAUGCUAACUUUGAUAUAAUGCACAUAUCACCAAUAUUACCGACCGGUCAAAUAAGAGAACUUGAAAAUUGUACUCCACGAUCACUUAAAAGAUUUGGUUCCUUCUCUAUCCAUCAAGGUAGAGGAAUGCCAUUACAGAAAGAUGGGAGACUAGAAAAUGAGGAAAAGACUGAUGAAUUGUGUACAUCUGAAGUUUUGAAGACUGGACUGAAUAAAACACCACUAAGUUUUCUUUGUGCUUCUGCUCCUCAAACUCCUAUUCACAAACGGCGGAUUUUAAGCCCCGAUUCUUUUGUAAAUGACAGUUAUGUCCCUGAUGAAGAUGCUGAAUCAAUUGUUGAGUCAGCAGUGCUAUCACCAGAACAAUUUCUGAAAGAUGCAAAGAUGUCUAUGAAUCAGCCUUCGUCAAAGUCUGUUGAAGCUUCCUCUAUUGAAAAUUUGAAAUCUGAAAGUUCUUUGUCGCCAGAAAGUAGUCCAAGGUCUAUGUCAGAGCUUGGAUCACCUGUUAUAAAUGUGGAAGAAUUGAAACCAGCUAAGUCAAGAUUAACCUUUUUUGUAUAUUCUAAAACGACUGAUCUUGCAGAGAAUUCACAGGCUUGUGGACAAGAACAUCAGUCCACUGCUCAUACUAAGUUGCUUCCUGUGUUCACUACCACAGACAACAAGAACACAUCUGUAGGUUAUUGCAGAUUAGAGAGCAAAGUUAAACUUUCAAACAAUCAGUCUGUUGAGGUCAACUCUCGUUUACGGUCAAGGUCUACUAUUGAUGUAGAGACGAAAGCUGAAAACAGAAGUCCUAAACUUGCUAACAGGUCAUCCCUACCAAGCAGAAAGAGAAAAAGUUCAGAAUAUUUGUCUAACAAUGCAUGUGAAAAAGGUGUUCAUACCAAUAAAAGAAAGCCAAAGUGUGUUGAACAACCGAGUCCAAAGUUAAAUGUGGUGAAGAAGACCACUUCAAGAAGCUUGAAUGGAGGUGGAAAACGACUCCAGAAAAGAAAAUGUGUUUCUCAAGUCAAGUUUUCCUCUGUCCGAGUGAACAAUGGUAAACUUAUGCCUGGAGUUGCACAGUCACAGUUAACUUUUAGAAAAUUGUUAAAGACUGUUAUUCCAAGACACCCAUUACCAUUUGCUGCAAAAAAUAUGUUUUAUGAUGAACGAUGGAAGGAGAAGCAGGAAAGAGGAUUCACAUGGUGGUUAAAUUUUAUUCUUACUCCUGAUGACUUUACAGUGAACACAGAGUCCUCUAGAGUGAAUACUGCUACAUUGUUCAUUGGUUCUGAGAUUCAGCAUCACAAAAUUAGUGUUCCUUCUGCACCAACUAAAGAAGAAAUGUCAUUGAGAGCGUAUACUGCAAAAUGUAGACUCAAUCGCCUCCGCCGUGCAGCCUGCAGGUUAUUUACAUCUGAAAGGAUGGUCAAAGUUAUACAGAAACUGGAAGCAGCCAUUGAAGCAAAACAUCUCCUUGUACGGAAAGACCGAUGUCUCUGGAAAGACUUUGGACAUCGACAGAAGAUCCUCAAAUGGCUUUUGUCGUAUAAUCCUCUAUGGCUACGAAUUGGAUUAGAGUGUGUUUUUGGUGAGAUGAUUCCAUUGGAAAGCAACAGCGAUGUUAAUGGAUUGGCCAGAUUCAUUUUAAAUCGUUUGCUUUGGAAUUCUGACAUAGCUGCAGUGUAUAGACAUCCAACAGUACCACAUUUGUAUGGUGAUGAACACCAGGAAGUUUUGGCACAAUUCACACUGAAGAAAUUCCUACUUCUGGUUUGGUUUCUUGAUUGUGCCAAACAAUUCAGAAUGAUAGAUCAUGAUCCAUGUCUUUUCUGCAAAGAUGCUGAAUUUAAGGCAAGCAAAGACCUUUUAUUUGCCUUCUCAAGAGACUUUCUUAGUGGUGAAGGAGACAUUUGCCGUCAUCUUGGUUUCCUGGGGUUGACGGUCAGUCAUUGUCAGAUGCCACUUCAUGAAUUUAAUUUUGCGGUCACCAACCUUGCUGUAGAUCUUCGAUGUGGUAUUCGCUUGGUGCGAGCAGUUGAACUUCUUACCCAAGACUGGGAACUUUCAAAACAGCUGAGGGUCCCAGCAAUCAGCCGUCUUCAAAAAUUGCAUAAUGUGGAUGUUGCACUGAAAGCCCUUAAAACUCGAGUUGAUUUGAAAGAUGAGCGAGGCAUUGAUAUAGAUCCUCGAGAUAUUGUGGAUGGACAUCGGGAAAAAACUUUGGCACUACUGUGGAGAAUCAUCUUUGCCUUUCAGGUGGAGAUUUUGCUAAAUGAAGAUCAGUUGCGAGAAGAAAUUGAAUUUCUGAAAAAAAAUUUACACACAUCACACAAACUUGCAGCUCUGCGUUCUCUUUCUGUGCCACCCCACCCAGUGAAAGAUAAAGACCUCAAAUGCUUGCCAGAAAAAUACAGUCCGCAGAUCACUCUGUUGAUGAACUGGAUAAAUGCUGUAUGUGCAUAUUAUGGUGUAAAAGUUGAGAAUUUUACCGUCCCCUUUUCUGAUGGUAGAGUUUUAUGUUACCUUAUUCAUCAUUACCACCCGAGUCUUUUGCUUGUGAACAACAUUUGUCAACGAACCACACAGACAGUGGAAUAUGCACAGCAUGGCACAGUGGCAAUUGAUACAUCUACCAGUGAGUCUGAUGAAAAUUCCAUUGAUGCCAUACCUACAAACACACUGCCUUCAACCGGUAUCUAUGAAGAACUCUUGGAGAAUGAAAAGAAGAAUUUUAAUUUAGUGACAACUGCUGUUGCAGAACUUGGAGGCAUCCCAGCAAUGAUACGGCCCAUGGAUAUGUCAAAUACCAUUCCAGAAGAGAAGGUUGUUAUCACUUAUGUCUCAUUUCUUUGUGCACGUCUUCUUGAUCUACGAAAAGAAACAAGAGCUGCCAGAAUCAUUCAGGCUGCUUGGAGACGAUACAAGCUAAACUGUGAGCUUCAGCUCUUAAAGGAGAAAGAAAAAGCUGCAAGUGUCCUUCAAACAGCAGUGCGUAAAUUUUUGCAUCGACAGCAAGUCAAGAAGAAAAACAAAGCUGCUAUUGUUAUACAAAGUACUUGGCGCGGCCAUGUGGCAAGGCAGAAGACUAAAGCACUGAUAAUGUUUAAGAUUCAAGCAGUGCAGAAUGAGGCAGCAACACUUCUUCAGGCCUGCUGGAGAGGAUAUAUUGAUAGAAGGCAUUUUCAGAGACUUCGGCAGUAUUGCAUUCUCAUGCAAAGUCGCAUAAGGAUGAAGAUCGCAGUCACAUCUUACAAUCGUAUUAAAUGGGCUACUGUUACCAUUCAGAGGCAUUUUAGAGCACACCAGCUGUGUGUAUCUGAGCAAAGGAAUUAUUUAAAAUUGAAGAUUUCAGUUGAUAAAAUACAGUCCGGAUUUAGAAGGUGGCGCGCUCACAAAAUGGAAAAACAGACCAGGGCAGCAAUUGUACUGCAGAAAUAUGUGAAGGGUUUUCUCUCCCGAUGCAAAUACAAAAGGUUUCAACGCUCUGUACUUUUGAUACAAGCACAUGCAAAGGGAUUUCUCAUAAGAACUGAAAUGUGCAGGAGGAAAAGUGCUGCUGUCACCCUAAAGAAGUACUUAAAGGCUUAUGUGCGAGGAAAGCGUGAAUAUGAUUCUUAUCAGAGACUGAAAUGGGCCGCAGUAGUAAUUCAAAGAACUUACCAUCGCUUAAAAAUGCGAAAGCUUUGCCAUCUAACUAAGUCAGCUACACUAAUCCAAUCAACUUUUAGAAUGUACAAGCAACGUACAAGAUUUGUUGCUAGCCGUAAAGCCGCUAUUACCAUGCAGUCUUUAGUAAGGAUGCAUCAGGCUCGUACAAGGUUUCUACAAUGCCAGCGUGCUGCGGUUAUCAUACAAAGGCACUUCAGGGCUAAGCAGCAGGGGAGAAAUGACUUGAAGCACUACCUGAAACUUCGACAAGCAGCUCUAAAAAUACAGGUGUCUUUUCGGAAACGGCAAGCACAAAAAGUGGUCAGGAAAAAUCAAGCUGCAAUUACGAUACAGUCUUGGUAUCGAAUGCACAGAGGAAAACAAAAAUAUCUACAUGCAAAACGAAGUUGUAUUAGAAUACAGUCAUGGUAUAGACGCCAUGUGGCUCAAACUGCUUUUUGUUCUCAGAAAACUGCAGCAUUAGCUAUCCAAAAAUAUUAUAGAGCUUACAGGGAAAGUAAAGCUCAGCGUGAAUUAACAUGCAAGGCAGCAGUAGUUAUCCAGGCUUACUUUCGUGGCAUGAACAGUCGUCAGCUUGCCAGAAGAAUGAAAGCUGCCCGAGUCAUUCAGUCGUAUUGGAAAAUGAGAAAAGAACGAUUGAAGUUCUUGUAUUACAAGCAAUGUAUUAUUGUAUUGCAAGCCCACGUGAGAAGAUCGUAUGCUCAAAAAAGAUACCAUUUAGUGAAGGUCGCAACUUGUACACUACAGGCCCAUUUUAGAGCUAUUUUAGCUCAAAAGAAAGCAGAAGCGGAGUAUAGGGCAGUAAGAGCUGCAGCUAUUGUCUUACAGUCUGCCUACAGGCGGUUACAAAUGAGGAGACAAGUUUACUUAUUGCAGUCAGUUGUAAGGAUUCAGUCUGCCUUUCGUGCAUAUGUUUCACGAAAGAAAUACCUACAAAUACGAAAUGCAGCUGUCAAAAUUCAGGCCUCAGUAAAAAUGAUACAAGCACGGAAAUAUUACACAUCCCUUAAAAAAGCUGCAGUUUGUAUCCAGAGACGAUACCGGGCUAACAAGCUUUGCUUAGAAAAGCGAAAAGAAUAUCUGAGAAAAAAGGAAGCUUGUAUAUAUCUUCAGUCUGCUAUUAGACAGCAUCUGGCUCAAAAGCAGCUGUAUUUGUGUCGACAAGCUGCAAUUAAAAUUCAAUCAAUGUUCAGAAUGUAUAGAGUAAGGACUCAAUACCAGAGGAUUCAUUUUGCUGCCGUCGUAAUUCAGAGAGGAUUCCGUGUGUACCAGGAAGGAACUCGCCAAAGGCAGGACUUCCUUAAAACUAGAGAAGCAGUGAUCCGUUUGCAGGCAGCAUACAAAGGAUAUUGUGUACGCAAAAAGAUGAAGCUUCAACAUAGAGCAGCCAGUAAAAUUCAAGCAGCAUUUAGAGGACAUGCUUCGAGGAUCAAAUAUUUGUCAAUGAAAAAUGCUGCCAUUGCAAUCCAGAAUUGGUACAGGAAUUGCAAAGUUGGACAACAGCAGCAACUCAAGUACCUCAGUAUUAAGGCAUCAGUGGUUAUUCUUCAAGCAGCGUUCCGUGGAUUAUCUGCAAGGAAAAGAUUAGAGGCACAACAUAAAGCUGCGGUGACCAUUCAAACAGCUUUCCGAAGGUGCAGAGCACAGUACCAGUUUGGCGUAUUAAAGAGGGCUGUAAUAACUGUCCAAUGCCAUUUUAGGGCAAAGUUGUUGGGAAAGAAAGAACGUUGUGCAUAUCUGACAAUGCGCCAGUCAGCAAUAGCACUUCAAGCAGCUUAUAAAGGUAAGAUUGCAAGGAAAGAGCUUGGAAGGAAACGGAAAGCUUGUAUUGUAAUACAAUCUUAUUUUCGAAUGCACAAAACAUACAUAGAAUUUCAAACUAAGAGACGAGCAGCAUUGAUAAUACAAGAACGUUUCCGUGCUCACAUACAAAGGAAAUAUCAACAUCAAAAAUAUCAAAAUAUGAGGGCUGCUGUAGUAGUUUUACAAGCUGCAUAUCGUGCUAUGAAAACCAGAAAAAGGCUGAAAGAAAUGCACAAAGCUGCAACAAUUAUCCAAAGAACAACUAAAUCUUUCCUGGCCAAGAAGCAUUACACUGCCCUUAAAGCUGCUUCAGUUGUUCUUCAAAGGCAGUUUAGAACUUUUCUCCUCAGCAGAGAGCAGCGAGAAAUGUACCUGACUAUUCGUAGAGCAGCUAAAUCCAUACAAGCUGCCUACAGGGGAAUGAAAGUUCGGCGAGAGAUCCAGCACAAACACAAGGCAGCGACCGUGAUACAGGCAGCAUUUCGAAUGCACAGAGUAUACCUUCCAUACAGAGCAAUGAGACUGGCAGCUACAAUAAUACAGAGUCACUAUAGAGCACACCUUCAAAGGAGAACUGAUCGCAAUAAUUAUGUGACAAUCCGCAACAGUGUUGUGCUCCUUCAGGCUGCUUACCGAGGAAUGAAUGUUCGAAGAUGUUUGAGGAACAUGAACAAGUCUGCCAGAAUUAUACAGUCGUAUUAUCGAAUGCAUAAACAGUACCAAUAUUUCCAAAAACUACGCUGGGCAGCAGUUGUUAUACAGCGAAGAUACCGAGCUUGUCAAAUAAGAGAUGCCCAUGUGAGACAAUAUAAGGCCAUGAAAAGGGCAGCAGUUUGUAUUCAGGCUACUUUCCGCAGAAUGAAAACAAGGCAGCAAAUGCAAAGAAUUCACCUGGCGGCAACGAUUAUACAAAGAAGAUUCAGGAGCUAUGUUGCAAGGAAAAAUUACCUGUUGCUUAGAGCUGCUGCUUCUGUAAUCCAGCAGAGGUACCGUGCACUUGUGCUUGCCAGGAUUAAAAAGCAAGCAUAUGUUUCGAUCCAGAAGGCAACUAUAUCUAUACAAGCUGCCUACAGGGGAAUGAGAGUUCGGCAAGAGAUCCAGCACAAACACAAGGCAGCGACCGUGAUACAGGCAGCAUUUCGAAUGCACAGAGUAUACCUUCCAUACAGAGCAAUGAGACUGGCAGCUACAAUAAUACAGAGUCACUAUAGAGCACACCUUCAAAGGAGAACUGAUCGCGAUAAUUAUGUGACAAUCCGCAACAGCGUUGUGCUCCUUCAGGCUGCUUACCGAGGAAUGAAUGUUCGAAGGCAUUUGCGGAACAUGCACAAGUCUGCAAGAAUCAUACAAACAUAUUAUCGAAUGCACAAACAGCAACAAUGCUUCAAGAAAUUGCAAUGGGCGACAACUGCUAUACAGCGAAGAUACCGAGCUUGUCAAAUAAGAGAUAUCCAUGUGAGACAAUACAAUACUUUGCGAAAAGCAGCAGUCUGUAUUCAGGCCUUCUACCGUGGGAAAAAAGCCCGAGAUUUAGUUAAAACAAUGAAGGCAGCUAUCUAUAUUAAAUCAUACCUACUAAUGUGUAUUACCAGGAAACACUUCUUGAUUCAGAAGACAGCUGUAGUAACUCUACAAGCUUCAUUCCGUGGUUAUCGAGUGAGGGUACAUUACAGAGCCAUGCGGCUAUCAACCAUUUUGAUUCAGAGAUGGUACAGAGCCUGCAAGCUAGGACGUUCACGGUUCAUGCAAUAUCAGUCCAUGCGUAGUGCUGCCAUUGUGAUUCAGGCUGCCUACAAAGGCAUGGUAGUGAGGCAGUGCAUUAAGCAACAGUAUGCUGCUGUAAAAAUUCAGUCAUUUUUCCGUAUGAUUCACCAUAGGAGUCGCUUCCUCAAACUAAAAUACGGAGCAAUUGUAUUGCAGUCGCAGUACCGUGCCUAUGAAGCAAGGAAACAAUACAGAGCUUAUGUACAAGCAGCUGUUAUUUUACAAAGACAAUAUCGAUCCUACCUCUUAAUGAAGAAAGAGAGAAAUGCUUACUUAACGAUCCAUCAGACAGUAAUCAGACUUCAAGCCAGAAUACGAGGGUUUAUUGUUCAAAGAAACUAUAAAAAACUUCAUCAGAGUAUCACUAAAAUUCAGGCUUGUUAUCGUGGAAAGAAACAAAGACAAGCAUUCCUACUCUACAAAGAAUCUGCACUUGUGAUACAACAACACUACAGAGCUUAUUGUCAAAGAAGGGUUGAACAAGAAAAGUACUUUAAAAUGAAACAUGCUGCUGUCACAAUACAGACUUCAUUUCGCCGAUACCAAGUGAGACAAGUAAUCAGAAAAACAAAGGCUGCUCAAAAAAUUCAGGCUUGGUUCAGGGGGCAAGUGGUACAUCAUCGGUAUAAGACUUUUCUUGCUUCAGUUAUAUUCAUCCAAAGGCACUUCAGAGCAAAACAAGAUAGAUCCAGGUUUCUAAAGAUCCAGGUUGCCACAAUUGUUAUUCAACGCAGAUGGAGAAUGGCUAUUGAAGCAAGGGAACUGGAGCAUGCCAGUCGUAGAAGAGCCAUGGGAGCUAUCAAAAUCCAGGCUUUUUGGAAAGGAUUUAAAGUCAGAAAACAAAUGACCAGGCUUGCUGAGAAAAAACGAUCAGAAAGGAAACUUCGUUUUGCUGCUGCUGCCUAUCACAAUCUUUGUGCUGUUAAGAUUCAGAAAGCAUACAGGGACUACUUGACUCUUAAACAUGCAAAAGACAAGAUCAAUUCAGUCAUUUACAUCCAGAGAUGGUUCCGGACUUGUCUGCAACGCAGAAGAUAUCUUUAUGAACGUGGAAAGAUCAUUGCAGCACAACAAAUUGUGAAAGCCUGGUUCAUGCGACGACAGAAAGCUGCUGUUGUCAUUCAGAAGUCUGUAAGGAAGUUUCUUUAUAAAAUCCGGAGUAAGAAAAUUCACAAUGGAAUUAUCAAAAUACAGGCUUUGUGGAAGGGAUAUUGGUUGCGUAAGAAAAUCAGGAAUCCUCAAAUCAUUGCUAUCAGACACCGUAUACAACGGGCUAAUAAGAACAGCUACGAGGAUCAAAAAUUGUGCAACAGGACAGCUGUAGCUGUAGAUUACAUUCUUAAAUAUAAACACUUCUCCUAUAUUCUUGCAGCAUUACAGCAUUUAGAAGUUGCAACUAGGCUAUCUGCUAUUUGUUGUGAAAAUCUUGCUCAAAGUGGAGCAACACCUAUUAUUUUCACUUUGAUCAGAAGUUGUAACCGCAGUGUGCCUUGUAUGGAUGUCAUCAAAAGUGCAAUUCAAGUUCUUCUCAAUCUUUCUAAGUAUGAAAAGACAGCCUCAGUGGUUUACGAAGUGGACAAUUCCAUUGAUACCUUGCUUGAGCUAUUGUAUACAUAUAGAGGGAAAGCUGGUGAUAAAACGUCUGACAAAUGUGGCAGUAUUUUUACAAAAGUUUGCUGUUUACUGGCAAUUCUGUCGCAAGAUUCAAAGAACGCUUUUGAGGUCCGUAGUUUGCCAAAAGCAGUAGAUCGAAUCAGAAAUGUUUAUAAACUGACAGCAAGGAAACAUAAAAUGGAUGCAGACAGAGUAAAUGUUAAGCAACGCAUGCAAGCUCCUCUCAAUGGUAGUUUAUAUAUUCCAGCCACUCCAGUGCGAACAAGAGCAGUUUCUAAAUUAAAACCAGACUGGGUCUUGAGGAGAGACAACGUGAAAGAAGUCGUGGAUCCUUUAAAAGCAAUUCAGUUGGUCGUAGAUACGCUUGGAAUUUCUCUUUAAAAUCUCAAAAAAUAGGGGGAAAGAGUUGAUUUUAAUGCUAGGUAUGUUGAUAUAAAUGUAUGCAAAAAAACUUCAACUUUUCCAACUUGUACUGCUUGUAUAUUUGCUAAAGUUGGUUAAAUAUAGUUCGGUUGCAUAAGCAACCUUCGUAUGCAUGACACUCAUGGUGAAAUGUUAUUGUCCAUCUUCAGUCUGAAAACAAUGAGGGUGGAGUUAUCCAAUAAAUUGUUUACAAGUUAACAAAAUUUGUUAAUACUUUUUGUACAGUUUGCCAUGCUUGCCUUUUAUUGUCACAAGGAAAAGAAAUAAAUUUUUACAAUAUUAC